AUGAAUCAAGGUGCCAAUAAUAACGAUGACAAUAAUCUAAUACAACAAACUAUACAAUUCAAUCAUAAUGAUAAAUCAAAUAUACCAGUUGUAUUAGUUCAUAGAAGAGAAAAAACUAAUGAUUUCAUUAAUGGUGAAGGUGAAGCUUCCAGUUUAACCGAAUCUAGACCAUUGCUACAAAUUGAAGCCACUGAUGCUGAUAUUGAUGAAAAUGCUAAAAUUACUUAUGAAAUUGGAGCUGGAAAUACAGAUAGUUUGUUUGUUUUGAAUUCAGAUACUGGGAUUCUGUCCUUAUCACCUAAUCUUUAUUCAAAAUCUGACCAUUUUAUACAACCAUUAUCACAAAAUACAAAUCUGAAUCAAAAUCCUAUAAAUCCUAUCACGUAUGUUCUACGUUUCGAAGCUUGUGAUCACGGUUUACCGAAACGUUGUGCUUCACCUAUUUGGGUACAGUUAGUAAUUGAUCCAAAUGAAUUUCCACAUCUUGUUAGAUUACCACAUUUAACAAAUUACUUAGAUCCAUCUUUAGUUACUAACCAUAAAAAAUCAAAUGAUCCAUCUUCUUCAGUAGAUCAACAAUUCAUUGGUUACAUGAAACAGGCUAAUACAGCAAUGUUACCUGGACAUGUUAAUUCUAAAUCACAUAUUAACAAUCAUGAUAAUAACAAUAAUAAUAUUGAUUUAAAUAGAAAAACUAAUGGUGAUUUUCAUGGACAAGAAAAUCCAGUUAGUAAUAAUAAACGUUAUCCACCAACAUUUACUCAAUUUAAAAAUAUUUGGGAUAUAAAAUCUUCACUAGAUCAUCAACCGUAUGAUAAAAAUGUUAGAAAUCAAUACUCUUCAAGUUAUCAACAGUUAUCUGAUUCAAAAUUCAGAAAACAUCCAGGUAUAAUGCAACAAUAUCUAAAUGGAAAUGAUGAAAACUAUAUAACUAAUAAUAAUAAUAAUAAUCAUGGAAAUAAUCAAUCUAACAGUUUUGUCAUCAGUGAAGUUGCAGUAGUUUGCUUAAUAAUCGUAUUUAUCAUUUUAUUGAUCGCUAUAAUGGUAUUGAUUUAUUUGACUAGGCGGAAAACACUUUUAUUAUCAGUGCCUACUUCUAAAUCCUAUUUGAAAGACGGUACCUUUAGAUCGAAUCCGAACAGUUGUAACUUAAAAAGUAAUCAAGACAAUAAUGAAACAAUAUGUGCACCAAUUGAACUGUCAAGAAAUACUGCAUCAUUAUAUCGUGCAAUCCCAGAUAAUAUGAUCAGUGCAACAGACAUUACAAUAAAUUCUAAUGAAAUGUCAUGUAUUAAUGAUAGAUCUCUUGGCGCUACAGAGAAAUCGAUAACUUUAUCAACUGAUAUGCUUCAAAAUCCACAUGAUUCUUACCCUCUUAUUCAAAGAAAUUCUGAACCUCGACUUCUAUUUAAUACCACAUUGAAUAGACCAACACAUCAAUCUGCUUUGGUUACAUCGGAAUUACAGAGCAAUCUAAAUAAAUGCACAUAUAGCCCACAGUGUGUACAACAUCCAAUUAAUUCACGUUUCGAUGUCGAUAAUGAAUAUCAAUGUUUAGCUCCAACAGUUGAUAAUAGAAUAUCACAUAUUUCACGUUGUUUAACUCCAUUUUUUGACCAAAGGUCACAUCAAACUAUCCAGAAUGUUGAAGCCAUUGGCUUAAACCAUAUAGGCACUAAUAAUCGUAAUUGGUUACCAAUGAGUCUACAACGAUUGAAUUCUCCAGUGAGUAUGAGUCACCAGUCAAUCAUUUAUACAGAAUCAACAAUGAAUAAUGAAGGAAGUGAACAAAUGUCAUCUAAAACGCCUACAUUAAUCUAUGCUAUGUCACCUAAUCCGAAUAGACAUCCAAUGCAUUUUCGAGGUAAUUCGCUACCAGUUUAUCCCAUAAAUCAAUUACAAAAUCCCACAAAUUUAAGAUCAUUUCAUCAUCGCUUCAAACCACAACAGCAGGAACAUCGAAACCAACAACAUCCGCUUUCUUCUUACCAGGAUAUUUCAUUACUACAAGCAACAUUAAGACGGCACAAUCAUCAAUCAAUUGUCAUGAAUACUGACCCAAAUCCUAUGCUAACUUAUCAUCAUCAUGAUACAAAUCGGUUGGUUUGUUCAAGGGAUCAGAUUCAUUAUAAAACAUUUCAUGCCCCACAACAUCAUGACGAUCUUCUUAUAUCUCCUAGAAUAAUAUAUACGGAUAAUUUAAAGAUAUGUUUACCAAACAAGACUAAACACCACCAUCACCAACACCGUCAUCAUCAAUCACCUUUACCAUUAGAAAAUGAACAAGAAUGUCAACAAUUAUUAGUAAAAAAUCAAGGUGAUAUUAGUAAAGAUAAUGAUCAUAUUUGUGAUGAGAAUGUCAUAUCAGGUAAUCAUGAACCAUCAAAUAACACUGACAAUAACAAUAUCAAUAAUGAUAGUAUUAAUACAACAAUAACCGUAGAUCAUUUAGAGGAAUUACCGAUUUAUGUUAAAUCUAAGAAUUCAACUAUACCUUUAAAUAAUAAUAUCAACAUGUCUAUUGAUAAUGAAACUGAUUAUAUUGAUAAUCUUAUCUGUAAUGAUCAAAUAAAAAUGGAACAUUUCAUCAUUCAUUUCAAUAUUCACCAACUAUAACUAGUUCAUUACCAUUGAUCGUUGAUAUUAAUGAUAAUAAUCAUCAUCUUCAUCAUCCUUAUCACCAUCAUCAUGAUAAUCAAAUGACCG